AUGUCUUUAGCAAAUUUGCAGCCAAAUUCCCUGGCAACAAACAGCACCGCACCAGCAGCAGCAGCAGCACCAUUAAGAUCCCCCCACAUCAAAACCAGCUUGCUAGAAGUGACAAAAAUCCUACCAAGCAAACCACCAUGCCGCAUUUUCUUUAAACACGAAAACGAACAACCUUCAGGAAGUUUCAAAUUGAGGGGCAUUGGCCACCUCGUGAAGCAAUCCAUUGAAAAAGCCCAAAGGCUGGGGGUGCCACUCAACAAGAUUCACGUUUUCGCCUCAAGUGGCGGUAAUGCUGGUUUAGCCGCAGCUUAUCUGGCCCAAUUCUACAAAGUUGCAUGUACUGUCGUUAUCCCUACCAUUGCUAAACCUGUCAUUCAAGCAAAACUCAAGAGUUAUGGCGCUAAAGUGAUUCUUUACGGCAAAUCGAUCAAUGAAGCAGACCAAUAUUUGAAAGGCAUGAUUAGCAAAGUCGGCGACGGUGUUUUCCCCGUUUACUGCCACCCAUUUGAUAACCCCAAUAUCUGGAAUGGCCACUCGUCGUUGGUUGACGAGCUUGUUGAACAAGUUGGCCCAGACCAGCGUGACAAACUCAAGGGAUUAGUAUGUUCCUUUGGUGGCGGUGGCUUGUACAAUGGUCUUUACCAAGGCAUGGUCAACAACAAUGUUUCAGGAAACGUGUUGUUGAUCGAAACGGCCCAAGCACCAACUUUGAACGAGUCAAUCAAAGCCAACGACAUCAUCACUCUCAACGAUGUCAAUUCAUUAGCUACGUCAUUAGCAUGCUCCUACACCACGAGGCAAUCCUUGCAGUACUACCAAGACACCUCGAGCGGCGUGGUGUCGCAACUAGAGACAAUCGACGACAUGGACGCCUUGAGAGCCUGCAUCGCAUACAGGAAAUGUUGCAACAAGAUUGUGGAGCCUGCGUGCGGGGCCGCGUUAUCUGUCUGCUACAACCGCUUGGAUUUGCUUUACAAGAGCAGCCUCUCGCAUUUGCUGCAGGAUGACAUCUUGGUGAUUGUCGUUUGCGGUGGCUCGUGCACCACCGAGCUGGACUUGAACCAAUUUGAAACGAUGGUCAAGAAAUCGGAAACCAAGCUUUAG